AUGGCAUUCGAUAACACCAUCGAUGAUUGCUUGAUUCGAUUUGCGGCGCCUGAAAAGGACAAGGAAUCGACAGCAAUGUUCAAAGCAUCGGAGAAAACCAAACUCGCUCUUACCUGCCCUGCUAGAAGCGAAUCUUGUCCUCAGUUGCAAAAUCAAUGCCAACCCUUGAACGUUUCCGGCUCAUAUUUGUCAACAGAACAGGAGUUGGUUGAGCAAUUAUCGCAUCAUCGCUGA